AUGAAGACUAACAGCAGCCUGAACUCAUAUUAUUUUCAGUUAACACUAUUUACAGAUUUUGGAAACCUCAGAUAUCUUUUCUUCAGUCUGUGCCUGCUGCUCUACGUGACCAUAAUCUGUGCUAAUGUUGUCAUUAUUCUGGCAGUCUGGCUGGAGAAAUCCCUGCAUGAGCCCAUGUAUUUCUUCAUCUGCUGCCUGUCUUUUAACUCUCUGUACGGCUCGGCCGGCUUGUUCCCCAGGCUUCUGACAGAUAUCCUCUCUGACACACAUUUCAUAUCACGACCAUCUUGUUUCAUCCAAGCAUUUGUCAUAUACACAUAUGCAUCAUGUGAAAUGACUCUUCUCUGUGUCAUGGCUUAUGAUAGGUUUGUUGCUAUUUGCCAGCCUUUACAUUACUGCAGUAAAAUGACAUUUAAGAUGGCUCUGUGUCUUGUAAUUUCGGCUGAGCUUUACUCUGUAUCUAUUAUUAGUUUGUGUCUUUACCUCAGUGUCAUUUUGCCUUUGUGUGGUAAUAAAGUACACAGGCCUUUCUGCACCAACUGGCCUGUGGUUCAGCUCUCCUGUGUGGACACAACUGUGAAUGACAUAGCAGGCCGGGUGGUUGCCGCGACAACAAUCUUCAUCCCCCUGCUGUUUGUCCUGUACACCUACCUGCGUAUCCUGCUGGUCUGCAGGAGAAGCUCUACUGAAUUCAGAGGGAAAGCGCUUCGAACCUGCCUGCCCCACAUUGUUACAUUUCUGAACUUUUCUUUGUCUGUGUUCUGCGAAGUGUCUCUUAAUCGUUUGAACAUUAAUGAAUUUAACACUUCUUUCAUUGUGUUUCUGUCUGUGGAGUUUUUAGUCAUUCCCCCUGUCAUCAACCCUUUUGUUUAUGGACUGAAACUUCCUCAGAUUAAAACUGUCAUUUUUAGACGGCUAAGGAUAAGCAAAAGGUUUCCAAGAAAAUGA